AUGGGCUUUAAGUUCGUGAAGAAGAACAAGAAGAUGAUGAGUAGUGAAGCUGCAAGAGAGACGAAUCUACUGAGCAAUCAGGAGGUUUACUCAAUCGCCGGAGAUCUCCACAGCGGCGGCGACAUCAAACCAUCGCUCGAGUUCACCGGUAAACUUUCAAAGGACUUGUAUACGAUCUCUCACAGCGACGGUUUAAUCGUAUGCCAAGGGAAGAAAAACUCUAGCGUUGUGGUUUGGAAUCCAUGUACUGGUGAAAGGAAGAUGAUCGAACCUAGAACUUGUUACCGUCAAAGCGAUAGAUUCGCUUUAGGAUACAGCAUCAGCCGUAGCUACAAGAUCUUGAGGUGUCACUAUUAUCUAAACGAGGUGAAAGUAUUGGCUGUUGAGUGUGAGAUGUAUGAUCUUUGCUCUGAUUCUUGGAGGGAACGAGCUUGCGUUUUUAUGACCACCACCUCCGAAUCUCUGAGAAACCAUUGCUGUGUCUUCUUCUGCAACACUCCUCAAGCUUAUCUUCAGUUUAGUCUCAUCCCCAAGCUCGGGGACUCUGUAAACAACAGCUCCAACACCUGUUGCUCUUCUCCGCCAAUUGAUUCCCUAGCUCGCUUCUAA